GGGCGGCGGACUAUGAGGCGCCCACCAUGGUGCGAUGCGACCGCGGGCUGCAGAUGCUGCUGACCACGGCCGGAGCGUUCGCCGCCUUCUCGCUCAUGGCCAUCGCCAUCGGCACCGAUUACUGGCUCUACUCCAGCGCGCACAUCUGCAACGGCACCAACCUGACCAUGGACGACGGGCCCCCGCCCCGCCGCGCCCGAGGCGACCUCACCCACUCGGGGCUGUGGCGCGUGUGUUGCAUCGAAGGGAUCUACAAAGGGCACUGCUUCCGGAUCAACCACUUUCCAGAGGACAAUGACUAUGACCAUGACAGCUCAGAGUACCUCCUCCGUAUCGUGCGGGCCUCCAGUGUCUUUCCCAUCCUCAGCACCAUCCUUCUCCUCCUCGGGGGACUGUGCAUCGGCGCGGGCAGGAUCUACAGCCGCAAGAACAACAUCGUCCUGAGUGCCGGCAUCCUCUUUGUAGCCGCGGGCCUCAGUAACAUCAUUGGCAUCAUCGUCUACAUUUCUAGCAACACGGGUGACCCCAGUGACAAGCGCGACGAAGACAAAAAGAACCAUUACAACUACGGCUGGUCCUUUUACUUUGGAGCUCUGUCAUUUAUUGUGGCGGAGACCGUGGGCGUCCUGGCUGUAAACAUUUACAUUGAGAAAAAUAAAGAGUUGAGGUUUAAGACCAAACGGGAGUUCCUUAAGGCCUCUUCCUCUUCUCCUUAUGCCAGGAUGCCAAGCUACAGGUACCGGAGACGGCGCUCCAGGUCCAGCUCGAGGUCCACUGAGGCCUCACCCUCCAGGGACGCGUCUCCCGUGGGCCUCAAGAUCGCCGGGGCCAUCCCCAUGGGUGAGCUGUCCAUGUACACGCUGUCCAGGGAGCCCCUCAAGGUGACCACGGCCGCCAGCUACAGCCCCGACCAGGAUGCCGGCUUCCUGCAGGUGCACGAUUUCUUCCAGCAGGACAUGAAGGAGGGCUUCCACGUCAGCAUGUUGAACAGGCGGACCACCCCGGUGUGACCCACGCACCCCUCUCGGCACCGGCCUCCCCCGGAGUGGCUGUUUGUGAGACAUGACACGGUGACCCUGAAGACCACAGACAAUGAACUGAAGCCAAGUACCAGCCACCCUGGCCUCUGGAAGAUGUCGUGGGCUAGCAUAGAACAAAGGAAGCCAGGAGACCAGAAUCAGGGCGGAGGCAGAAGCUGGCCCUUGACUUUAAAAAAAAAGAGGGGGUGUCUUGCCACCCCUGAGUCUCUGAAAUCUCCUAGGAGACGCAAGAGGUUUUCUGACGCUGCAUUAGCAUGCCUGGCCUGCCUCUUGGAAACCAGUCUUGCCAGAAGUGGAUUUCAGACCCUCACCCUUGCCUGGGUGAGGCAUCUCCAGACACGGGACUUCUGGGUGCUCAUGGGCUCCUUUCUAACCACAAGUACCUAUGUCCUGGAGCCAGAAAUGAGGAUUCUGACAUUCCGCUCCCUUCCCUUCCGUGUCUCCAUUUCUCAGCUUCUCCCUCACACCCUGGUGGGGCUUGCAGAAAACGUUGUUCAUCCUAAGGAGAAAGCUCUGUGGCCAACUGGUGCUUCGGCCUUGUGCUGUCCUGGGGCCGGCUCCCCUGCGCAUCAAGAGACCCAGGCCUGGGAAGGAGUCCCAGGUAAAGGUGGAGGCUUUGCUGGCUUUCCUAUCUGCUUCUGGGAAGUUUCUCUUACACUCAGAAUGGAUGGAACUGAACCUGAAGGUCUAGAGAAUUCCAUGGGUCAGAGGAAAGACAACCACAGAGCCUCUUGCUAUGUCCCUCCCCACAAAGGGCCUACCUGGUUGGGGAGAAGGGUGGGCUGUCUCCCCUCCAACUGAUGCUUGGCAAUGGAAGCCUAAACUUAAAAGCAAAGGAAGUAUCAGCAUGAACAAUGAUCAAAAAGAUCGGAAUAGGCAACCAUUUCCAACUGGUCAUGACCUACUGAAAACCAAUGCCAGGAAAGCAAGUUUCAUCCACGUCCUCAUCUGAAAAAGCAGCAACACACCCCCCCACCUGCCGUUAUAAUUUAUUCUGCCAGCGUGAGGAAGGCGGGGCGCAGCGGGGCGUUUGGCUGAAGGUGCCGGGCGGAGUCUUUCUGCCUCCUCGGGACAGAGAAGUGUCGGCACUUUGGAACGAAGGAAGCGAGUGUUCUGUGUUUUGUGGGGUUUUUGUUUUGUUUUGUUUCCAACUAUUUCUCCCCUUCCGAGGCAAGCGAAGAACAGAAGCGCAUCCAGACUUGGAGGAACUCUCUGGAACAUGGAACUUACCCAUUUUCUAUAAUACAUGUGCUUUCUAAGGAUAAAGGGUUUCUUACUUUUUGAGACUUCUUAAAUCCAGUCUUGAACAGUCGUCUGUGAUCCCAGUAGCUGUCUCAGUUUAGAGGCGACAAGCCCAUUCUUACCUCAGCCACCUGCCCAUGGAGCCCCUCGGGGAGACUCGGGCCUCCAGACGCAGUUCUGUUUGGCCUGGUAACGACCUUCGUCUUCCCCCCGCUGGCCCUCCACCCCCAGGAGAAGACAGCCCAUGUCGUCAUUCCAACCGACUGCCCGUGUGCCAGUGAGCUGAGAUGUGGGUGUGCCAGGUCCCCUGCGUGCUUGCUCGAAAUGGCUCCCCAGUAUGUGUCUAGGCACGCACCACAGUGUCCGGGUGCGUGGCCAGUCCCUGCUGCAGGUCCCCUUCUGUCCCUCCUUCCCCAACACCUUCACCUCCCCCGCACCACCAUGCCAACGUCUCAUGAGGCUGAAGCAAACCGCGUCACUCAGUGAGGCCCAGGACUUGUCUUCUGUCUCUUCCAAAAGUCCCACGUCCUUGCCAUUGCUUUCACACAGGCCACCUCCCCAGCCGUGGUUCCAGAAGUCUCUGGGAUGCCACAGAGAAAGCUGUGUUCCAAUGAAUCCUACCUCUUGCCCAAUCCCAGGCAGAGAACACAGGGCCCACUCCAGGGACCAAAACAGAGUUUAAAAAAAAAAAAAAGGAAGAAGAAGAAGAAGAAGGGGAAGAA